GCUCAGAAAGAGUUGAUCGAGAAGGAUCGCCAGGAAGAGUUACGUUCUCGACAACGUGGUAUCAACUAUGCAUCUGAAAUCCGCCGUCAGAUCUGUGAAAAAGAACAGGAAAAAAUAGCGGAACGUAAUGCUUUCUUCGAUGAGGGAGUUCGUAUGGAGGAGGAAGCCAGGCUAAGGCAUCUUCGUCUAGAGGAGGCAAAGCGACGAAAGUUGAAUGAGCUUAAUGUCUUGCAUCCUAAUCUUGAUUAUCUGCCCAUUUCACACUUUUGGAAGGAGCUGGAAUAG